GCAAGAAGCAUUUAACAUCUCUGUAUUUCCCCUCGGCAAACGCCGUAAACCAUUUCCCACUGAAUAUCCGAUUAUCGGCAUCUUUUCAAACAUCAAUUUCGGCUCGGGAUUUAUAACUGCGACCGGGCCGCGCCUACAUAACAUAGCUCGCCGAUUUCCCACCAGCAAACCUUAAGCAAAUUAGCAGCAACUCAACCCCGAAUGCCGAGCAUCAUGGCUGUCUUGCCUCCGACCGUACACCAGAUUCAACCUCCGGCGGGAUCGGAGAUUGAUUUCGGGGCGCAUAUUGAGGGUAUCGAUUUGGAGAAUAUCUCUGACGAACAAUUCGAAAUCAUCCGCAACACAUUAUAUCAUCAUCAUGUCGUCGUCUUCAAAAACCAGCACAAACUCUCUCCAAAGGCCCAAUACGAACUAACCAAGCGAUUCGACCCUGCAGCCGACAACUACGGCCACGGCAAGACAAUCGACGCGAAACGCAGCAUCCUCCACCCAGAUCUCAAGACCGUCCCACAUCAGCCACAAGUCCAAAUCAUCGGCAAUGGAUUCGUCGAGUCGUACGAGGGCCUAGAGAACUUCCAACUGCGUCAUCCGCAUCAUCGCACGUUCCAUAAAGAUCAGAUCCCCGAUGAUAAGGAUUAUGAUUUCACCCGUUUUUAUCGCUGGCAUAUCGAUGCCGCGCUGUAUGAUCUCAAUCCGCCCCAGGUGACUACUCUGUUGGCGGUGCAGGUACCAAAGGGUCGUCGGCAGACACUUCUUUACGAUGAUGGGUCUGGCGAGACUAUGGAUGUGCCAUUGGGUACGACGGCGUUUGUGAGUGGUGAGAGGAUGUUUGAACUUCUAUCACCAGCGGAGCAGGAAUUUGUGCGGACGAGUAAGAUUGAAUAUGCACCUCAUCCAUACAUCUGGAUGAGCCCCGCCCACUCCCGCUCCACAGGCCUCGGCCUGCACUCCGAAGGUCUCGAACUACCACCAUCAGACCUCCCCCCCAUCGACUCAACCAAAAUCAAAAUCCUCCCCAUGCUCUGGAAAAACCCAGUCACAGGCAAACUAUCCCUGCAAAUCCACCCCUCAGCCAUCUGCCGGAUUCAUCUUGCCGACGGCUCGGUGAUAGACGACCUCGAGCGCGUCCGGGAGAUCGUGUACAAACUGCAGCGACCGGGGAUUAGUCCGCAGUAUGUUUACGCGCAUGAUUGGGAGGAAGGGGAUUUGGUGUUGUUCAAUAAUCGCGGUGUGUUGCAUUCUGUUGUUGGUGCUUUUAAGCCGGAUGAGGUGCGGUUGUUUAGGCAGUGUAAUCUUGCUGCGUCUGAAUCGCCGGUUGGACCUUAGGGAUGUAUAAUGUGUGUUUUGGUGAGAAGGUUAUGAUAUACAUUAAAUUGUUUUUUUAAGUUGAAGAAUUUGAAUUAAUUGAGGAGGAUAUUACGAAAUUGCAUGAGC